AUGGCAUCCGCAGGGGCGAUAUUGGGUCCUUCGACCCUCCGCCUACUGCGUGUUGCCGUGGUCAGAACCACAAAGGCAGUUCGCAUCAAGCUUGCCGACGCUACCAGGUCGCUCCAGGGCCAGGCACAACAUGCCCCCAUCACUAUCAAGAGCGGAUACACAGGACGGCAACCGAUCCACCCUGCAGCGCUUCUGAAGCAGCAGAAGCGAAGCGCGCGAUGGUUCUCGACCGCAGCUUCCAAGAGCGUCCACAACGUGCUGCGAAGAUUCGUCAGUUUCAAUUGCCGCUCAAGCCCGCCCAUCGGCUCGUCCAGACUCCCGUCGUCCGACACCGCACGGCGAAUCGCGCAGUUUUCCGGUCGGGCCCCCUUCGCCAGCACUUUGCGACCAAACCUGACUGGAGGUGCUCUGCCACGGGCCACCGGAGGUUAUGGUCUCGGUGGCGGUGCGCGGUACUUUUCACACGCCCCCGCCGCCCCUGCCCAGGUUGUCCAGAACGUCUCGCAGGCCAUGAGAGCAUUCUUUCUGUCGGGGCAGAAGAUUAAAUAUGACGGCGUUGGAGCGCACGGGAAAUCCCAGUACCGAGCCGUGUCGAAGCUCGAGGAUGACGCUUCGCGACGGUUGGCCGAGGUCUCCCGGUCUGCCCCUGGCGCCUUCAUCGACUUUGACCUGAGCCCAACCAUCACGGCUCUUAGCCCCCUCGCGGCAGCCGUCGCCCGUGUGUCCGGUUCAUCUGGCUCUGGCGACGAAGCCCCUGUUCUCCCGACGACUCUUCACACUGAAGGAUUCCUCGACGUGCUAUCCGUCGACUUCAACCGAGUUUUGCAUGAUUUGACCGCAGUGUACGCCGAUCUCAAGCGGCUUUCUGCCCUCGGCGAUUUGCCAAUAGUGCGGGAAAGGGACACUCUUCGGGUCCGGUUCCCUGGAGUCGAUGCCUGGACGGUUGAGCGGCUUUGCGACGACGUCGGUGUCCAACGGGGCGUUGUCGGGCAAGACUGCGGCUUGGACGCCGCGGUCGGGGCUCCCGUCGCACUCAAGCUCCCGUUUGCACCAGACUCCGAGGGCGAACUGUUGUCGCGUAGCGACUCGGCGCGAUCGCUGGCAGGCCACGGAAUCGAGGAUAGCUCGUCGCUCCGGGACGACGAUUCGUUCCUUCACGAGGCAUUCGUCGCAAACAUGGAAGAAAGUUCAUGGCCAUCAGAGACUGAAGGCUACGACGACGUGUCGGCGCUGGUCAGCUCGAGCGGGUUUGAGGGUCUCGAAGGUAUAUAUAGAUUUCUGGAGGAAUGCGAUCGAGGCCAGGGAAGACUAGGAUGA